GAGCGCCCGGCACGGCGGCCGCAGACGCAGCAGCGGUCCCAGCUCGCCGAGUCCCGAGACCCGCGGUUCCCGGGCGGCCCCGGGCGGACGCUGCGUGAGGGCGCGCGAGGAGGCGCGGGGCGGCCCGCUCGCGCCCCCGGCCACCCCCUGCCCGUGAGCGCACCGGCCCAGCGCCGCCCCGGCGCGGGGAGCGCCGGCCGGGCGAGGGCGCGGGCGAUGCCGCGGUGACGGCCCCGCCAUGGCGAAGCCCCCGGCGGCGGCGGCGGCGGCGGCGUCGGAGGAGCUGAGCCAGGUGCCGGACGAGGAGCUGCUGCGCUGGAGCAAGGAGGAGCUGGCGCGGCGGCUGCGGCGCGCAGAGGGCGAGAAGGUGGGCCUCAUGCUGGAGCACGGCGGCCUGAUGCGCGACGUGAACCGGCGGCUGCAGCAGCACCUGCUGGAGAUCCGCGGCCUCAAGGACGUGAACCAGCGGCUGCAGGACGACAACCAGGAGCUACGCGAGCUCUGCUGCUUCCUCGACGACGACCGGCAGAAGGGGCGCAAGCUGGCGCGCGAGUGGCAGCGCUUCGGGCGCCACGCGGCCGGCGCGGUGUGGCACGAGGUGGCCCGAUCGCAGCAGAAACUGCGCGAGCUCGAGGCGCGCCAGGAGGCCCUGCUGCGUGAGAACCUGGAGCUCAAGGAGCUGGUGCUGAUGCUGGACGAGGAGCGCGCAGCGCUGGCGGGGGGUGGGGGCGGCGCGGGCGGCGGCGGCGGCGCGGGCUCCCGCAGCUCCAUCGACAGCCAGGCCAGCCUGAGCGGGCCGCUGGCGGGCGGCGCGGCGGGCGCGGGGGCCCGCGACGUGGGCGACGGCAGCAGCACGUCGAGCGCGGGUAGCGGAGGCAGCCCGGACCACCACCACCACAUCCCGCCCCCGCUGCUGCCCCCGGGGCCGCACAAGGCCUCCGACGGCAAGGCAGUAGCCACGCGCAGAUCCCUGGACGACCUGUCGGCGCCACCGCACCACCGAAGCAUCCCCAACGGCCUGCACGAUCCCUCGUCCACCUACAUCAGGCAGCUGGAGACCAAGGUGAGGCUGCUGGAGGCUGAAAAGCCCCUCGUACAGGCGCCCGUCCUGCUGGCUGCAGCCACUGGACAGCAGAGUGGAGGCCAGGACCACGAUCUGGACCCGAAGCCUCGGGUCAGUGGCCUUCUGCCCCGUCCCUACGGCCGCCCGAGAAGCUGGCUUCAGCAGGCAGGCCCUGGAGAGUUCCGGACGCUGCGGAAAGGCUUCUCCCCAUACCACUCGGAGUCCCAGCUGGCAAGCCUCCCGCCCUCCUACCAGGACUCGCUGCAGAACGGCCCAGCUUGCACGGUACCUGAGCUGUCCUUGCCCCCCUCCGCCGGCUACAGCUCUGCAGGACAGAAGCCUGAGGCUGUUGUGCACGCCAUGAAGGUCCUGGAGGUGCACGAGAACCUGGACCGGCAACUCCAGGACAGCUGUGAGGAGGACCUGAGUGAGAAGGAGAAGGCCAUCGUCCGUGAGAUGUGCAAUGUGGUCUGGCGAAAACUAGGGGACGCGGCCAGCUCCAAGCCCUCCAUCCGGCAGCACCUGUCUGGGAACCAGUUCAAGGGGCCUUUGUAGGGCUGCUUCUCUGUGGACGUGGACUGGCCCUGCAGGGCACCCAGGAUGAGUUGCAGGCCCCCGUGUUUGUUUCCUGUGGUGAAUUGUACAUAGGACACUGCCCGCUGUGACCCGGCUCCCGUGGGUCCAGCACGCUGACAGCCGGGCCUCCGUCUCCCUCCUCACGCACCAGCACACGGAAGACGAGAGGCCGCUGGCCGUGCCCCAUGGCAGAGUGGCCCAAACAGCCUCGUCCCUGCGCUGGGGCCCUGCUGCCGGGAGGCUGAAGGCUGUGUGGGGGCUCAGGGCCUGGCAUCCCAGGCUGGGCCCGACCUUGGCCGAGGGGCACCUCAUCGAGCCUUCUACCCGCUGGCUGCUGCCCACACUGGACAGAGUCCACCGGCAGCUGGACCUGACACAAGGGGCACCCCUUCUCACCCAUCUGCGGCCUGAACCCCAGCUCACUGAGCCCGCGUCCGAGUCGUGGACAGGGAAGCUCAUGGUGUCUGUGGCUGGCUGGAGGCCCUGAGGCCCUUCCUCUGGCACCCCUGCCGCCCCGCCCCGUGCCCAGCUCCCUGCUGCUUGGUUUCAGGGUGCUUCCCCCAGCCCUGAACACAUCACUCGCUGCAGAGUCUCCCCUCCUACCCGGGGCGCCCUAGCUUUUUGGGUCCCUCCUGCCCAGGACCCAAGGCCUCUCCAUCUCAUGGUUUCACGUGAUGGGCCAGGGAGCUAGGAGGCUGUGUGGAGAGUCUCUGGGCCGAGCCCCACGCUCUCUCUCCAGAUGGGCAGCACCGGGCCGAGCUGGGCCUCUGGUGUCCCCCAGAGCCCAGCCCCAGCUGGGGUCACUGUGGACGGAGCUGCACGGGCUGGCCGGUGGGGGACUUCUGCCCUCUCUGGAAGGAGCCCGACCUGGCUCUGGCUUUACCUGGCUGUGUGACCUUCAGCAAGUCACUCAGCUUCUCCAGGCCCCUGGUGGGAAGACGGGGUCUCAGGUUCUUUGGGCCGUGCUCACCACCCGAGGCCACCGGCUGGGUUCAGCCCGGGCUUCCGUUGCGGCCCGCACGCCCGGGCGCUCCCCCUGCUGCAGAAGCCACUGCUGGCUGGGCCGGACGGAGCCGGGGACCGAGCGGGGUCCACUGCCUUGCUGCCUCUUCACAGGUGCUGCCACCUCCCCUCUCUGAGCCUCAGUGUCCUCCACUGAGAAGGGACAGCCUCAGGCCCUCUUCGUGGGGCUCGGGAUCAAAUGAGACCUUCCGUGUAAAUGACCAUAUACAAACUAUAGAUGAGAUAGAGAAAUGUUGAAAUUGCUGAGGAAGGUGAGGCCCAGAGGUGUGUGGUCGGGGCACAUUACAGACGAGCUCACGGAUGCUGGGAAGUCGGGGGGGCCACCGGCCAUGAUGGCUGCUCGCUCCCGCCACCUCCGCUGGCUGGUGGGGCUUGGCUCCAUGCCUCAAGCACUCGAAGAGCCCAGGAGGCCACUUUUGCAGCGGGCAGGCCUCAUCCAGGCCCGCACGAGGGACGGGGGCCAGGCGAGGGGAUGGGGGAGGCCACCCUGUUCCUAGAGCCCCAGGGAGGACUUUGCGCCAUUCCCACCGCCUGUCGGCCAUCGGCGCCCGUGGGUGAGUCGUACACUCUCAGGGGAAAGGCUUAUAGCCCUCCUUGUGCCCAGGGAAUGCUAAGUGGGUGCUGGUGGCAGCAACAGGCAUGUUCCUCUUGCCCUGGGUGUUACAGGGACCUCUGGGCUCUCCCUGAAGGGAGCUUGCCAGCAGGUCAGGUGGUGAGCUCCCUCUCACUAGGGGUGUGCAUCGAAAGCUAGGGAACAUCCUUGGUCAUGGUACAAAGUAGUUCUUGCCCUAGUGGGCAGUGAGCUGGGGGACAGAGGCUCCCCUCUGGAUCUUGGAGUCCAAAGAACCACAGAGCAGCCCGAGGUGCGGGGGUGGGUCCAUUUUGGGUGGAAGCCACAUCUGGGAGCCCAUUUGUCAUGUCUGGAUCAGGCCGGCCUGGCCACCACUGAACAUAAGCAAUAAAUCAGGGCCCUGGUAUCUGCAGAUCUCCUGCACACUGGCCCAGAGAAGAACAGCUUCGAAGGGACCGUCCCUGCCUCGGGAAGGUGACCCUGUCCGUCAUGCUGUGGGGUACCUGGGGGUCAGGUGGGGCGUUUCUGCCUGGAUCCUCCUGUGCGCCACACAGGCAGCAGAGCCAGGCGCAGACCUCUCCUUCCCACCGCUGCUCGUGUUCCUGAGCCAAGUGCGUGGGGAUGGCUUUCAAGGACAGAACUGCACCCGUGACAGUCAUCUAACGUAAUAAGCUGUUCAAAAAAAAAAAAAAAAAAAAAAGCCAGCAGCACCUCUGCCUGGCCCCACAGGGCAGGGUUUGGGUGGGUGCAGUGGGAGCCCACAGGCUAGAGGGGAUCAGAGGAGCCUCACCGCGGGGACAGCCGGGGGCCAGGCGAGCACGAGUCCCAGCCCUGCCAGCAGCUCAGACGUGCGUUGGGUGAUGUGGGGUGAUCUCCCCUCUGGAGCCUUAGCUGUAGAAGCUCAUGGUGGGGGAUGGGUGUUGCUGAACUCGGUGCCCUUUCAUAAAGGUCCCUUUACGUUUCAUACUCUGAUUCUAGAUCUUGAAGCCCCAUGUGACAUCUGGACUGGGGCUUCAGUUCCCACUGUGAUGGAUGUCACCCUUCCAGCCUCACCCCAGGUGGCCAAGCCCAUCCUGGGAUCAGAAUCUGCUGAGCACAUUUUUUUAGGGUGGCACAUUUUUAUCCAAAAGUUAUUAGCUACACAUCAGUGUUUAAACAGAAAAAGUGACCUUUCAUUUUUUUUUUUUUCUUGGAAACUUGAGAAGAAACAAAGUACAUACUACUGAUUUUUUUUUUUUUUU